AUGAGCGAGACGGACCACACGGCGAGUCUGGAGGAGAGCAACGCUGCGCGUCUGCCUCUUGGCUACCGCGACUCGUGCAGCGCCCUGCUGAUCCCCCUGAACAAGUGCCGGCGGCAGACGCUGUACGCGCCCUGGAAGUGCGAGGAGGAGCGCCACACGUAUGAGAGGUAA